CGCUGUUGACCCGCUCCAGUGAAGGGGGCGGCCCUGUGCUCGGUUGUUGUGAGCGAGCCAUCCGAGAGGCUGCUGUCUGAUUAAACGCCGCGAAGUUACUGAAUCACUGACUGUUGAAGACAUUCCAUUGCACAGAACCUCUUCAUUGGAAACUCGAAUGACAUCGGGGGAAUAAAGCAAGGAAACUGGAAGAUUUGCAUCCAGGAACAUCACAACAGGAUCUGACAAAGUCACACGUUUUAUCUUGAGCUGAACAUCAGCAGAUUUUGAACAUGGAAGAAAAAAACACAGUUCCCAGUGGGGAGGAACCAUGGAAAUGUGGGGAUUGUGGAAGGGGAUUCAUUUCCUUGUCUGAACUGGAAUCUCAUCAACACAGUCACACACGGGCAAAGCCAUUCAUCUGCUCCCAGUGUGGGAAGGGGUUCACUGAGUUAUCUAACCUCCUGAGCCACCAGCGGGUUCACACCGGGGACAAACCAUUUAAAUGCCCAGAUUGUGGGAAGUGCUAUAAAUCUUCCAAAGACUUGGUGUCUCACCAACGUGCUCACACUGUAGAGAGACCGUUCAGGUGCUCUCAUUGUGGAAAUGGGUUCAGGUUACCAUCCCAGCUCACUGUACACCAGCGAAUUCACACUGGGGAAAGGCCAUUCAUCUGCUCAGAGUGUGGGAAAGGAUUCACCCGGUCAUCUGACCUACUUAAACACCAGCGGGGUCACACAGAGGAGAGACCAUUCCGGUGCUCUCACUGUGGGACAGGCUUCAAGCAAUCAUAUGAUCUCACAGUGCACCAACGAAUUCAUACUGGGGAGAGGCCGUACUCUUGCUCUGAGUGUGGGAAAGACUUCACUCGUUUGUCCAAUCUGCUCAGUCACCAACAAGUUCACACUGAUGAGAAACCGUUUAAAUGUCCAGAAUGUGGGAAGGGCUAUAAAAAUUCAUGGAAACUGAAAUCCCAUCAACGUGUUCACUCUGAUGAGAGACCGUUCAGAUGUUCUGACUGUGGGAUGAUGUUCAAGCGAUCAUUUCAACUCACUGUUCACCGGCGAAUUCACACUGGAGACGGGUUGUUCACCUGUUCCAAGUGUGGGAAGGGAUUCACUCAGUUAUCCAAUCUCCAGUCACAUCAGCUAGUUCAUACUGAUGAGAGACCAUUUCAAUGCACAGACUGUGGAAAGAGUUUUAAAAGUUCUGCAGGGCUGAUCCGUCAUCAACGUAUUCACUCUGAUGAGAAACCGUUCAUGUGCUCUCAAUGCGGAGCUAGUUUCACGCAAUCAUAUACUCUCACUGUACACCAACGAGUUCACACUGGGGAGAGGCCAUUCACCUGCUCAGAGUGUGGGAAAGGAUUCCGUCGGGCAUCCAACCUGCUGGAACACCAACGAGUUCACACCAUGGAGAGACCUUUUAAAUGUCCAGACUGUGAGAAAAGCUUUAAAUGUGCCAGGGACAUUAUGUCCCAUCAAUGUGCUCACACUGACGAGGGACCCUUUAGAUGCUCUCAUUGUGAGCCUGAUUUGAAACAAUCAUCCCAGUUCUCUGUACACCAACGACUUCACACUGAGCAGCAACUGUUUAUCUGCUCUGAGUGUGGGAGGAGUUUCACUCCAUCAUCCAAAUUGCUUACACCAGUGAGUUCACAUUAUGCUUUUAGUUUUCAAUCAACGUUUCAGAUCCCCGGAGGGGUCCCAGUAAAGACUAUUCCACUUCUACGCGAACCUUUUCAUGGAGUCAUACAGCACGGAAACAGAUCCCUCAGUACAGCUUGUCUGCACAACACAAGGGAGUGUACUGCCCGUGUGAAGGCAAGACUUUGUCUCUGUGAGGAAUGUGAUAUGGUCACUCUUACUGAUACUGUUAUGGAUGGAUGGUUCUGUGAUGAGCAGAUUGGUAAGAAUGAGGUCAAGAAAAAGCAUCAUUUACACUGGGGAGGAAUACAUGGUCUGUGUUUCUGUUGGAAAAAUUGUGAAGAUCCAUCUGAAAUGUCCAAACACCAGCGUAGUCUUACUGGGGAGAGACUGUGGAAAUGUGGGGAUUGUGGGAAGGGAUUUUAUUACCCAUCCCAGCUGGAAAUUCAUCAGCGAGUUCACACUGGGGAGAAACCAUUCACUUGCUCUGCUUGUGGGAUGCGAUUUGCUCAGUCAUCUAACCUGCACAAACACCAGCAAGUUCACACUGGAGAGAAACCAUUCACCUGUUCUGAGUGUGGGAAUGCAUUCACUCGGGUUUCCAGUCUCCUCAUACACCAGAGAGUUCACACUGGAGAAAGACCAUUCACCUGUUCUGAGUGUGGGAAGGGAUUCACUCAGUCAUCUGACCUGCUCAAACACCAGCAAGUUCGGACUAGAGAGAGACUAUUCACCUGCUCUUAUUGUGGGAAGGGAUUCACUUGGUCAUCUGACUUACUCAAACACCAGCGAAUUCACACUGGAGAGAGACCGUUCACCUGUUCUGAGUGUGGGAAGGGAUUCACUCGGUCAUCCAACCUGCGGAUACACCAGCUUGCUCACACAGGGGAGAGACCAAUCACGUGUUCCGAGUGCGGGAAAGGAUUUAAUCGGUCAUCCAGCCUGCUGCGACAUCAGCGAGUUCACACUGAGGAGAGACCAUUCAUCUGUUCAGAAUGUGGAAAGGGAUUUAAUCGGUCAUCCAGUCUGCUGAGACACCAGCAAGUUCACAUACGGGAGAGACCAUGCGCCUGUUCUGAGUGUGAAAAAACAUUCACUCAGAGAACUCAUCUGCUGAUACACCAGCGAGUUCACUCUGGAGAGAAACUAUGAUCUAUGUGUGACAAGGGAUUCACUUGGUUUCCAAACUGUUGUUAAACCAGCAAAUUCACAAAGAACGGCAGUUGAAAGAUUUUGCUCUUUCUCACACCAAACAAUCAACUGUGGUCUUUGGACAAAUAUUAUUAGUCCCUGCUCAAUUAAAGCUGCUGAUUAAAAUUGUAGUAACAAUUGUGUAUCUGUAGGGUAGGUUUUGGAAAUGAUCACAUUGUCACUAUACAUCAACACAUUCACACUGAGCAAAGAUUAUCCACCUACACAGUCUGUAAAAAGGGAUUUCCUGGUUCAUCAAGACUGAUUAUCCAUCAAAUAGUUCCAAGUAACCGUAGGAAUUUGUUUUUGACGCUACUGUUGUUUGUAUCCAAACCCUGUGGUUUGGGCCUUUUUCUGAUGUUUGUAAACACUAUAC